UUGCUAUAGUAGAUUCCAUACGAGUAAAUUGCCUACAACUGAGGUAAAUGUUGUCACUCCUCACCGGACAUUUUGCCGAGUCACAUCAGACACACCCGGCAUAUUCCGCACCCACCUGCGUUAUCAUUUCCUUGAAAUCAUCUCUGAAGUUUCCAUCAGCUUCACUCAUUAUCUACCGUUUUUUGUCAAAGUUAUCAACCUGCUGUGAAACCGAUCUCGACAAUAAAGAACAUGUUUCAUAGACCGGUGAGCGCUACGACGAGACAGGAGGCUGAAAUGGUGAAUUGGGCCCAGAGGGCUAUUCAUGGGGCAACGGAUUCCAUUGAAAAACUUCGGCUUCUCUGUCUCGCACGAGGAGCAAACGGUAUUCUCGGGUUAGCCAGGGUCUUUCGUCGAAUGGAUGAGGACGGUAAUAAACAAUUGAGCAAAGAGGAGCUAAUAGAUGGUCUCACUGAAGUGGGCUUCGAACUUAAUGAGGGUGAGAUCGAUGAGAUAAUGAGUAAACUGGAUGUAGAUGGAAAUGGAAGCGUGGACCUCAACGAAUUCAUUACAGCUGUUCGUCCACCUAUGUCAGAAAAUCGACGGAAAGUAGUGGAGCAAGCCUUUCAAAAGCUCGAUAAAACUGGUGAUGGUGAGAUAACCGUUGAGGAUCUUCGUGGUGUCUACAAUGUAAAGUGCCAUCCUCUUUACAUUAGUGGGGAACAGAGUGAAGAGAGUAUAAUGAGAAAAUUUCUUGAGAAUUUUGAACAAGAUGCAACCAAAGAUGGCAUUGUAACUGAAGAGGAAUUCAAAAAUUAUUACAGUGCGAUCAGUGCAAGUAUCGACCACGAUGCCUACUUCGAUCUCAUGAUUCGCAAUGCCUACAAGCUGUAAUGCAGCCAAUAUCAUCGCUUUUUCUUCAACUAAAGCCAUAUGGAUGAACCCUCUUCGAGUAUACAUUGAAGCAUUAAGGCCCUACAAGUAUAUGUGUAUCGAUAUAAAAUAGCGGUGAAAUUUGCCCCCCCCCCCCCCCCNC